CAUUAAAAUAUAUUUAGAUGUUCAUCAAAUUAAGUAAUGUAUGAUAUAUUUAUUAUUACCUAAUUUUUGACAUCAUUUAUAUCUACUUUAGAUAAAAAGACCAGUGUGAACAUCUGUAGUGGAAGUCAGUUUCCUGGUUCUGUUAUAAAACUAGAAAAUCAUUUUACAGAAGAUGUAAAAUCCCAAAAUAACAAUAUUGGUGGAGAAACAAAAUUAACUGGAAAUAACAUUAAAGCAUCUAACAAACAUCAGUGUGAUGAUAAACUAUACAGUUGUGUAAAAACAUUUGAUAACCUAGCACCACAAAAGAAGAUGUAUUCUGAAGAGAAACCGUAUCAAUGUGAAGUUUCUGGAAAACAGUUUGAGAGUAAUAGUCACUUAAAAAUGCAUAAAAGAAAACACACUGGGGAGAAACAAUAUAGUUGCACAAAUUGUGGAAAACAGUUUGAUAGAAAUGUUAACUUAAAAAUACAUCAAAGAAUACACACUGGGGAGAAACCAUAUAGAUGUACAGAUUGUGGAAAACAAUUUCGAGACAAGAGUACUUUAAAAAUUCACAAAAGAAUACACACUGGGGAGAAGCCUUACAGUUGUACAGUGUGUGGAAAAGAGUUUGUAGCAAAUGGUCAGUUAAAAGUACACAAAAGAAUACACACUGGGGAGAAACCUUACAGUUGUACAGUGUGUGGAAAAGAGUUUAGAGAAAAGGGUCAGUUAAAAGUACAUGAAAGAAUACACACUGGGGAGAAACCUUACAGUUGCACAGAUUGUGGAAAACACUUUGGAAAAAAGAGUGAUUUUAAAAUACAUGAAAGAAUACAUACUGGGGAGAAACCUUAUAGUUGUACAGUGUGUGGAAAAGAGUUUAGAGAAAAGAGUCAGUUAAAAGUACAUGAAAGAAUACACACUGGGGAGAAACCUUACACUUGCACAGAUUGUGGAAAACACUUUGGAAAAAAGAGUGAUUUUAAAAUGCAUGAAAGAAUACACACUGGGGAGAAACCUUAUAGUUGUACAGUGUGUGGAAAAAACUUUGAUAGAAAUGUUAACUUAAAAAUACACCAAAGAAUACACACUGGGGAGAAACCUUAUAGUUGCAUAGAUUGUGGAAAACAGUUUCGACAGAAGAGUGCUUUAAAAACACAUGAAAGAAUACACACUGGAGAUAAACCUUACAGUUGUGCAGUGUGUGGAAAACAGUUUGAAACAAAAGGUCGUUUAAAAACACAUGAAAGAAUACACACUGGGGAGAAACCUUACAGUUGUACAGUGUGUGGAAAAGAGUUUGGAGCAAAGGGUCAUUUAAAAGUACAUGAAAGAAUACACACUGGGGAGAAACCUUACAGUUGUACAGUGUGUGAAAAACAGUUUGGAACAAAGAGUCAUUUAAAAGAACAUGAAAGAAUACACACUGGGGUGAAACCU